UAAGCAAAGCUAUAAAUUUCGCAGCUGGAGAGCAUUACAAAAUGAUAUUUGCUGUCAUAGCAUAUUUACAACUUCACAAUUUAGUGUCUGCAUAUUACAAUUCCAAUUCAGUUAAAUCUUUGGAAAAUAAAACAAGGCAGGAGAAAAACAUAUCUGACGAUGAACUCGUUGUGAACCUACAUACCUUCAUCAAUGAUUACGGCUUAAGAAGGCGUGGACAAGUGAAACAGAGUCUCAGGAACCCCGAUAGGUUUUAUCCACCCUCUGAAAGGAAAUUAAAACUCAAAAUCAUAGAUUUGAUGAAACAGUCGUUAUACGAUACGCAGAAUGGUUUCAGCACUUUGGACCCAGUUCUGGAAAAGUACAAAAACGAUCCCGCGUUAAGGAUUGCGUUUAUAUUUGACAGGUUGGACCAGCUCAUUAUUGAUAACAGACGCGUGUACACGCUCGCUCUCAAGUGGCGCUGGAAGAAGCGAGUGUACGAACAAAUUAUAUGGUACACACACUGCGUGCGUAAGUUCGUCGAUGUGUUGUACGUAGUGGAGCUUUUAAUUGAUACUCAUGCUAAAUAUUUAGAGUUGAUAUCAUAAAGGAAAGGCACCUAUUGUGCUAACAACACUAUUCUAGAAUUAGAAGAAGCAUUCAUAGUUAUAUAAAAGAGUUCUCUGUUUAAGAGCUCAUAAAGCGCUGCUUAACGAUAUUAAACAAUUUGAACC